AUGCUGUCUUCUCUAAAGGCAAUUAAAAUGAUGGGUGCCAGCCAGCGUGUAUGUAUGGCCAUUGAGAAAUUUCGAGAUCUCGAAUUUGUGGCCUCCAAGUCCUUUCGUACACUUUUGAUCGGAAUUUUGAUCUCAUCGUACUCCACUCUCACAUUGGCGCCCGUUGUUGCAUUUGGGACAUACACUGGCUCCACUAGGGCUACAAAUGGAGACUUUAAUGCCUCGAGAUUAUUCGUUUCACUUAUUCUCAUUAAUCUGCUUGCAUCACCACUCAUACGUAUUUUACAGAUUCUCCCCCAUUUUGGAGCCGCGCUUGGAUGCUUCUCUCGUGUAGAAGACUUCUUUGAGAAGUCAGAAGUCAUUGACUCCAGAGUGACUAUUGUUGAUGGAAUCAAGCCCGGGAAGGGUGACCACAAGACCGAGUUUGCAGAAGGGAACGAAGUAUUAAACCAGGAGAAACAGGAAUAUCAGUUCAAGUCGCGCCAUCGUUCGAUACUAUCCAUGCGACACGCAAGCUUUGGCUGGGGUACCGAAACAAUUCUGCACGAUAUCAAUUUGGAAAUUCGCGCAGGUCAACACGUCGCCGUUAUUGGUCCUGUCGGCUGCGGUAAGUCGCUCUUAUUACAAGUAAUACUUGGUGAAGUCGAAGUUGAGGCUGGAACUAUACAUGUUGGAGGCAUAGGUAUCGGGUACUGCAGCCAAAAUCCAUGGCUAGAAAAUGUUUCCGCACCCGAAAACGCAUUUCGAAGCGCACCCAAUGACAAAUCAUGGGAGAACUUGGUUGCUGAGAGUUGUGAACUCGGCGGCUUAUUGAGUAUAGAAAAUGCGCAUCAGACUGUUGGAAGUGGUGGAGCUAAAAUCAGUGGUGGCGAACGCCAGCGACUAGCUUUAGCACGUGCGAUUGCAACACGACCUGCAAUUCUACUCCUGGAUGAUAUUUUCAGUGCUAUAGAUAAAGCUACAGAAAUUUCUGUGCAAGAAAAGUUGUUCGGACGGAAAGGAAUUUUGCGCGAGCAAGGAACUACAGUAUUCAUGUCACUCAGGACCCAAUCGCAGCCUAUGGCUUGCAUAAUUCAGGCCACACGGGCUGGCAGGAUUGAAGGGAAACCAAGCAGUGCUACAGAGUCCGGCUCUGGCUCUAAAUGUCAAUCAAAGAAAGACCAUGCCGACCCGACUAAGAUCUCAGAUAAGAGGAUCUACCAAGCUUAUUUCCUUUCUUUUGGACGUUCAAACCUGGUCAUCUUCUUCAUUGGUGCCAUUAUUUUUUCCUUCACUUUUAGGUUUCCAAGCAUUUGGGCAGAUGGUGGUCUGAUGCAAGUACUGGUAGCUCGAAAAAGAGCGUUGGGUACUGGAUGGGCUCAUCUCAUACUCAUAAUCAUUCUAACUUCAGGUGUUGGGUUACAUGGUAAACUCCUCCGAUCUGUCCUCAAUGCACCUUUCAUCUUCAUCGGCACUAUCGAUUCCGGGAGCCUCAUAAAUCGAUUCAAUCAGGACCUUAUGCCUGUUGAUACCCAGCUUCCAUUUCAGCCUUUAAACACUGUUUCUGGACUAUUCGCUGCCAUUUUUCAGACAAUCUUAAUCACCGUCUCUACUGUUUAUAUCGUUGCUAUUCUUCCUGUUUUGGAAGCCGCGCUUUUUUUAAUACAGCACUUCUACUUACGAACAUCCAAACAGCUACGGCAGCUUGAUUUAGAAUCCAAAGCUGGCCUACACACAAUGAUCGCAGAGGUAUAUGAAGGAUUGGUGACAAUUAGGGCCCACGGCUGGCAGAAUAUUAUGCGAGGGGGGUUCUACGAGAAGCUGGACAGAUCAAAGGAGCCACUGACGCAGAAAAUUCAAUCUUGGAUUGCUUUAGAGACCUUUCUUGGAGCCAUUGCUAGAAUUGAAGCUUUUGAGCAAGAAACGCCUGUAGAGCCAGAAGUUACAGCUCCAAUUGAUGCACCUAUUGCAUGGCCAGCCUCAGGCCAGCUGAGUUUUGAAAACGUUUGGACAAGCUAUGACCCCGAUGUGGAAAAGCCUUCCUGGAGUUUACAAGCAAUAACGUUCAAAAUCAGAGCUGGUGAGAGAGUUGCGAUUUGUGGUCGUAGCGGUUCUGGAAAGUCAACUCUGUUACUAUCUCUCUUGGCGCUGAUCGAGACAACGGAGGGUGCCAUAUACCUUGACGAUGGAGAAAUCGUUCGCGAUGCACUAGAUCCUGCUGGAAACCUGUCUGAUGACACUAUCAAUAACGUCCUGUAUGAUUGUGCUUUACUGGACAAGAUUAAUGCAUCGGGGUCUCUCUCUGCUAAUUUGGGCGACGUCAAUCUAUCGGUUGGCGAAACCCAACUUUUUGUCUUGGCCCGAAUUAUUCUUGAAAUCGAGGAUUCAAACAGAGGCGGUGUCGUACUACUAGAUGAAGCCACUCGCAGACUGACAAUUAUCGAUGUCGCUACUGAGCGAAAACAAUGA